GGGCCGGGUACUCGAUGCAGUUUGCCUGGUGGAACGUCGCGCAAGGCGAUGUGCUGGACGUGUUGCUGCUGCUGCUGCUGCUGCUGCUGCUGUUGUUGAUGACUUCGACGGCCUGUGCGCCCGCGGAAGGGUUGAGGUCGAUGAUGGUGAUGUCCCAUCCGCCGGCAUUUGCGAGGGCGUGAGCCACAGCGAGACCCAUGCCGGACGCGCCGCCGGUGAUGAUGGCGGUACGGCGGUCGAUGGCCAUUUUGGUAAUGUGGUUCGACGUUUCAGAAGGGGGGUUGCUAAGCGCGAGGGUCGGACUGUGCUACUGUGAGAAACCGGAAUGUGGCAAGCUGGUCAAGUAGAGGCUGCUCUUUGCUGGCGACUUGCGUGGAUGGAAAAGAUGUGCGAGUCUGAUGCCGCACGUCCAACGGACACCAAAGCCCCAAAGUAGGUUUUAUCAUGCGAACUUGCAGCCAACUGUGACUCGGAGCUCACGCUCCCGAUGCUUGGGGUCUGUAAACUUUUGGUUGCCACGGCCGCGUGGCUUUACCCGCAUAUUCGGGCAACGAGCCUCUCAGCAUCCCGUAACGCUGUUGUGCUGCACUCGCUCGUCUCGAGGUCCAGACAUUUUGCGGGUGUCGUUAUCCUUCAGGCGUACCUAGCUGCCCCGGGCUGUGGGGAUGUUGGAGCAUGUUCCCAAGGACCCGGGGCGUGCGGGGAACCCCGAUCUGGGGCCAGCUUCCCCGCAUUUGCAGGGACCGCAGCGGCUUCCCGGUUCAAUCUGUCAACAAUUGGAGCAGGGCAGUGCCAGCGCGAAUAUAUGUAGACCAGGGUCGCAGAGUCUCGACUGGCGCCUUAACUGAUCAAGACUGGUAAGCCAAGCCCCACGACGCCCGGCGAGUAACCCGCCUACCAGGCCCCCGUACGACGGCUCCGAACCGGGCCAUCCGGUUGGUCACGAAUCGGUUGACGGUCAACCACUCGAGCCCAAUGAUGCGCAAGAACGUGAAGCCCAUGAUUUUGAUGGUUUGUUAUUUUGCGCCAGGUAGAUAAUGACGAGCAACUAGGGAUGAUAGACUGCAAAUGAAUGAGAUUAGAGAGACAAGCUUGAGUCAAAGAGGCAAGGGUGGACGUCAGUGGCGGCGUGGUGCAAGUUUCGACACAACUGUACAAGAUUGUGCAAGACAAUGGCUGAAAACCAGCAAAGGUUGCUUUAGCGUCGGAGAACGGG